UAGUUGCAGCCUGUAGGACACACUUCAGGUGUUCUUCACAAGCGUUUGUCUUACAAGUUACUCAUUGAAGUUAACACAUGACUGAUCAGACCAUGUGAUUUACCAAUGAAUUCUUGAUAAUCCUUUGGAAGACAACACCAUGUGAUUCACCAUGACCCUAUGUCCUUCUCAUUACUGAUCAGACCCCAGCAAUAUGUCCCUUCACCACUCAUUCCCUUUGGCCCCCUUACAUCUAUAUAUACAAGUAUGAUUAUGUUCAUAUGCAACACAUAUCUUCACAUCCUCAAAGUACUACAGUUCUCUGAGAUCUUCUUCUACCCUUUUGAAGCAUACCUCUAUUGGAAAACAACCAUGGCUAUCCGCUUGCCUCAUAUCGUUGGUUCUAAGAAAGUUCCCAAGGGCUACUUUGCAGUUUAUGUUGGAGAAAACCAGAAGAGGUUCGUGAUACCAGUGUCGUUCUUGAGCCAGCCUUUAUUCCAAGAUUUGCUUGGCAUGUCACAAGAGGAGUUUGGAUAUAGCCAUCCUACAGGCGGUCUCGCGAUUCCCUGCAACGAAGACAUUUUUCUCGAUGUUACCUCUCGUUUGAAUUGAUUGUGAGAGAGUCAACCCAAAUCAGCCUAUACAAUUUUGUAAGCAAAAAUCACUAACACCAUGUAAGCAUUUUUUCCUCCAUCCUUUUUGCCUUGGGGAGCAGAUACAAGUCUCCCUAAGUGAAAAAUUAGAGAUGGUGAUUACUGUAACUUCUAUCAAUCAGUAUGGAAAAUGACAAUUCAAAAGGCAUCAAUAAAAUGGAACUUUAUUUA